AACCGAAUAGUGUUCGGUUGAGUUCGGAUUUCAGCAUUUCGCCUUUUCUUACACUUGCGGUACGAAUUUGAAGGUUGCGGAUAUUAUUACGGUGAUUUGGUCAUACUACGUACUUUGGAAUAGCGUAGAUUUAAAAUUAGUGUGGCACUGACUCGUUUUGACGUUAAAAAUAAUUUAUCUGUGACUUAAUUCAUCAGGUCAUUAAUUUAACUUGUGGCUUUUAUCAACAGGAAAAAUGUUCAGCGGAAUCGCAGGAGCGUUCCGAAGCAUCGGAGAGAAGACAGCAUCUCUCUUCGAGAGGAAGAAGAAGGAUGCAGAACAGAUCGCUCAGGAGAAAGUAGCAGAAGCCGCCCAUGUUGUUGAAGAACAAGUUAAGAAGGCUGGAGAACUCGUCGGCGGAGCUGAGAAGACGGCGUCUGAUGCUGCUAACUCCGCUGCAAACGCAAAACACUCGGCGAUUGACGCGCUGGAUAAAGAAUUAUCGAAAGUUUCGCUUGCUGCCGGUGAAGCUAAGGAUGCUGCCGACAAAGCCUUAGCCGAUGGGAAGAAGGUGGUCGACACUACUAAAGAUACUAUUUCAACAACAGUAGAUAAUACGAAAAAGGCAGCUGAAUCAGCUAUAAACACUGCUAAAGAUACAGUAUCACAUGUAGUUCAAAGCACUAUAGAUACAACACAAAAAACUGCACAAUCCACAAUAGAAUCUGGGAAGACGUACGCAGCUAGUGCUAAAGAUUCAGUAGUGAACACAAUUCAAAGCACUGUAGAUACCACGCAAAAAAUCGGACAAUCCGCUGUAGAAACUGGCAAAUCCUACGCUAUAAGUGCUAAAGAUACAGCAGCUGAUGCAAUUCAAAACACGGUAGAUAGCACUAAAAAAACAGGCCAAACUGCAUUCACAGCUAGCAAAGAUUACGUUGCUUCUGCAAAAGAUUCAGUAGCAAAUACCGUACAAAGUACAGUAGAUGCAUCAAAGGCCACAGCACAAUCUACGUUUGAUACUAGCAAACAAUAUGCUACAAGUGCGAAAGAUACACUUGUAAGUAAUAUUCAAAGCACAGUAGAGACAACACAAAUAGUAGCUAAUUCCGCACUUGAAACAGGCAAAGAUUACGCAACGAUUGCAAAAGAUACAGUGUCAAACACUGUAGUAGGUGCACAAAAAAGUGCUCAGUCAACAUUCGAAACCGGCAAAUCUUAUGUCGCCGGUGCCAAAGACACAGUAGCAAGUACGUUUGAAAGUGCAGUAGAUACUACACAAAAAACAGGUCAAUCUGCGCUUGAAACAGGGAAAUCCUACGCCACAAGCGCAAAAGAAUCUGUUGCAAGUAGCAUUCAAAGCACUGUUGACACAACACAAAAAACAGCACAGUCUCUUUUUGAUUCUGGUAAAACAUAUGCAUCUAGUGCUAAAGAUUCUGUUGCAAGUAGUAUUCAUAGCACUGUUGACACAACACAAAAAACAGCACAGUCGCUUGUUGAUUCUGGUAAAUCAUACGCUUCUAGUGCCAAAGAUACUGUAGCAGAUGCGGUUAAUAAUACGGUUGAAGGAACCAAAAAUAUCGCUAAUUCAACUACAGAAACAGCUAAAUCGUACGUGGAAAGCGCUAAAGAUUCAGCCCAAAACUCAUAUCAAUCUGCAUUGGAUUUCUCGAAGAGUUAUGCGUUUUCUGCUUACGAUAUCGGAAAAUCUUACCUAGAUAGUGCUAAAGAUACAGUAGCGAGUACAGUAGAUAGUACAGUCAAAGCUGCUCAUAGUUCUGUCGAAACAGGAAAAUCUUAUGUGGAUACAGCCAAAGAUACCGUAGCGAGCUCCGUUCAUUCAACUGUUGAUAGUACUAAAACUGUAGCGGCAUCAGCGCUUGAUAAAGGUUCAGCUUUGAUAGGAGGCGUUAAAGAUACAGUAGCAAGUACUGUGCACUCAACAGUAGAUACAACAAAAAAUGUAGCAGCAUCCGCUGUAGAUAAGGGAGUUUCGCUAGUAGAAACCGUAAAAGGUACAGCUGCAAGUACUGUAGAUGCAACUAAAAAUGUUGCUGCGUCUGUUGUUGAUAAGAGCACAUCACUUAUAGGAAGCGCUAAAGAUAAUCUAGCAAGCACCAUACACACGACAGUAGAUACCACUAAAAAUGUAGCAGCGACAGCUUUCGAUAAAGGCUCAUCAUUAGUAGGAUCAGCUAAAGAUACUGUAGCAAGCACUGUUCAAUCCACUGUCGAUUCAACUAAAAACGUUGCAACAUCUGCCGUCGAUAAAGGCGCUUCAUUAGUAGAGGCUGCUAAAGGAACCGUGGCAAGCACAAUAGACACCACGAAAAAUGUCGCAUCAUCCGCAGUAGAUAAAGGUUUUUCUAUAGUUGGCACAGCUAAAGACACUGUAGCGAGCACUGUUAAUACUACCGUAGACGCAACUAAGAGCGUAGCAGCAUCAGCUGUCGAUAAAGGAUCAUCCCUUGUAGGAUCAGCUAAAGAUACUGUAGCCAGUACAUUAGAUACAACAAAAAAUGUUGCCUCAACGGCUGUAGAUAAGGGACUUUCGUUUGUCGGUACUGCUAAAGAUACCGUAUCAAAUACAGUUCAAAAUACAUUAGACUCAACCAAGAGUGUAGCUGGAUCGGUUUAUGAUAAGAGCGCUUCAAUUGUGAUCGGCGCUAAAGAUAUAUUCUCAAGCAAGACCGAAGGUGCAAAAGAUUCUGCUGAAUCGUCAGUAAAUAAUGUUAAGGAAACCGCCCAGGAAUUAGACGACACGAUCAACGCUACAGUAGACACGACGAAGAAGACUGCAGAAGAAGCCAAGGCUCAGGCUCUGAAAGCCGCUGAAGACGCAAAGGAGAAGGCUAGAUUAGCCGCUGAGGCCGCUAAGGAGGAGGCUAAGAGGGCUGCCAAUGCUGCCGUUGAAGAGUCUAAAAAAGCGGCAGAGAAGGCGGCGGCGGAUGCCAGUAACGCCGUGCAGAGCACCGUCGACAACACCUUCAAGAGAGUAGAGAACGCUGCUGACCAGGGCUUAAAGAACGCGGGACAAGUAGUCGACGCUAAAAUCAAGGACGCCGACAAGUUCCUGAACGACAAACGUGACGCGCUGGUAUCGAACUUUUCGAGCGCAGCGCACGACGGAGCCGAAGGCGCUGCGGGUUUGCUUAGCAAGGGGCUGGCUGCCUUCCCCAAAUAAACACCCUGCUUAUCUAGUACCUGCUCCGCUCGGGAAACUUACAACGUUCUAUAGUAUAUAAGCAUAAAACUAUUUAUAUAUAAUAAAAAAACAAUAUACUGUAUAAUAUAUGUCUAAAGAUAAAACAUAUUAUUGAAUUGUAAAGUUUUCCCGAUUUCUUGUUUUAUAUUCUUGCACAAUUUUAUGCAUUAAUCGAUAAUGUAAAGCUUACUUAUGUAAUAAUUCGAGCCUAAAGUACCGCGAUUACAAUCUCAUGUCACAAAUUGGUGAAAUUAUAUGAAUAUGUUCAUUUCAUUAGUUGUAAAUAAUUUAAGUUAUUUUAAUAAGGAUUUGUUUUAUUGGAUUCUCUUGCAUUUGGUGUGCAUUUUCAAUAAUUAACAGAAACUAUGCUUAGCAUAUACCGUCCAUGUUGCCUUUAUAACGGUCAAAUUUUUUCGCUAACAAUUACAUCAAAAAUGUCGUGUGAUGUUACAAUGUUGCUUAAAUAAAAUUAGUCAUAGGAAUUUAUAAAAACUGCUUUGCAGUCUAUUUUAUAUAUAAAUAUAUUAUUCCUAUAAAAAAAAACGUCUUAAACCUGAAAAUAGAUAUAUAUUACAUAAAACAAAUUAAAAUUAUUAUAAUAAAGAUAUAUAGUAUGUUACAAGAUAUACAUAUAUGUUUUAGAAAUUUAAAUGUCAUGCUUAGUAAUUGUUGUGCGCAGUUGAAUUUCGUCGCUAAUAUACCUAAAUCCUCUUAUACGGUUAUGUUUUUAUAUGUUACUUUUAUUAUUGUAAAUUAUCGUCAAAAACGUGUUAUUUAAUAAAUGCAUUACCA